AUAUCUCCGUGUUUUUUCCGGCGACUUUAAAUUUCCGCUUAGACGGACGCGCAGUCAACAGUCGACCACCGGAAAGUCCAAAAGAGGUCUGUGGAGCGUGCUGCGUGGACUGGGGAAUUGUGAACACGACCGCACGCCGGUUUAUCAAUUCUCCUUGGAUUAUAAAGAAAGAAAAUGAACAAAAAAAGAGAUAGAUGGGAUAUUUGCCGUACCUGCGGUAACACAGCGGAUGUUGAAAUAUUUGGCCGCGAUGGAGUGACUUUACAGCUUGAAGAAAAAAUUAAUACCUACCUUCCUAUUACAGUUUCCAAGAAUGAUAACCUACCACUCAAACUAUGUAAUUUGUGCAUCAACCGGCUAGAAAAUUGUCAUUGCUUAAUAGUAUCAACUAUUGAAAUGAAUAAAACAUUAGAAGAGGUUAUGAAAAAAAAACAAAUAAAAAAUAAUUCCUAUAAUUUUGUAAAUCUGGGAAAUAAUGAAGAUGAAAAUAUUGAAGAUGUGGAUCAGGAAAAUAUAGCAUCUAUGGGAAUUAUGGAUAUAAAUUCUGCUGACGAAGAUGAUUGUGGAGGAAUUGUUACAGUUAAAGAAGAAUAUUUAGAAUACGAACCAGUGGAUGUUGUUGGUAUUGGGACUGAUCAACUAUAUGAUGAUGCAUCUGUUGACGAGUUAGACUUAGACAUGGAAAAAAUUGUAGAGGAUGAUGAGGACAAUGGUAAAUUUCAAUGUGCCAAAUGUCAGCGUGUUUUUAAUACGGAAGCCAAAAUGCGCCGUCACAUAUUUAUUCAACAUAAUCCUGAAGAAAUGGAAUGCUUCCAUUGCUUUAUUAAAUAUGAUUCUAUGUUGCAUUUUGAACGUCAUAUUGCUACACACUAUACUCGAAAUGAAUAUCUUUGUGACUUUUGCCCUACUAUGUUUAAUCGGGUAUCUGGACUACUCGAUCAUUUAGCCAAACAUAAAAAUGAUCGUCAAAGAUUUACUUGCCAAGAAUGUGGAAAAGUGUUGGCAAACAGACUUUCAUUUACAAUUCAUCAACGAACUCAUACUGGUGAAAAACCUCAUGCAUGCAAGUUUUGUGACAGAACAUUUUCACAGAUUUCAUCAAAACAAUAUCAUGAACGCACUCAUACAGGAGAGACAACUCAUCACUGUGAAUUUUGUGGCAAAGGAUUCAACUCGAAACUGACACGUGACACUCACAGGCGUAUUCAUACAGGUGAACGUCCAUUUGGAUGUCCGAUGUGUAGUGCUACAUUUCGUUGUUUAGCUAAUUUACGCCAGCAUCAAAUGGUCCAUGAACCAGUGAAGCCAUUCCAGUGUGAGAUCUGCUUCAAGCGCUUUGGAAGACCUGAAAAAGUGCGAGUUCACAUGCGUACACACACUGGUGAAAGACCAUACAAAUGUCCAAUCUGUGGACGUGGUUUUACACAAAAGAAUGACAUGCUCAAGCACACUAAUGUUCAUAAUAAGCCGCCACGAAGGUCCAAUUCACAAAUAAAAAAUUCCGAUUUAGUAAUUUCCGUUAAUAAUAAAUCUCCACAGUAUAAAAAUGUAAGUAUAAAUGAACUACAGGAAAUUUGUUAUGAUGUCUCCAACAGUUAUGAAAGUUCAGAAAACGGAAACGAAACAGAAAGUAGUUCAAUGCUUUAAUCGUAAGUCAAUAGCGAUUUAAUUGAACGUUACAUAUUAUAAAUUAUACAGGUGUAAAAAAGUUAUGUUUAUUUUAUUAAGUCUUAGACUAUUGUUAAAUUCAUCAUACUUAUUACUAAACAUCAUAUUAAUUUUUUUUUUUACAAUAUAUGUACAUUUUACAUAAUGCUAAUUGUCAAAUACGAUAUAGAUUAA